AUUAUUUUUAAUUAAGAAAUCAAAUAUUUAACGAAAAUGUAUUCAGGACAUCAUAUUUCAAAUUUCUGAGAUAUUUUUUUAGAGGGAGAAUUAUAUUACAUCCAUUAAUUUUAGCAAUAGAACAAAAAUGCUUCCAGAUAUAAUCGCCCCAUCUCCAAUCUUAUCCAAUUCGUUUGAAAAUAAAAGGAACUUUAAUUGACAAUAUUUUAAUAAAAAAUAUGUCUGCCGCAUUUUGUCAGCGAAAAUUGUUACUUCAACAAAAACUCCAAAGCAAAUUCGAUGUGAUCAAAACUUUGAAUCAUGCCGAUCCGAUGUCUUCGAUCAAUUCCAAUGACAUCAAUUGUUCCAAUCAUUUAAUCAACAAUUAUCCGGGUGCUAGGUCCUCCAUAGUGCUAAACGGUUCCAUGUCACCCCCUAUUCGUCAUUGCAAAGCGGAGAAAGAACCCAAAAUAUCUCACUCUUCGCCUAAAAUUUCUUCCAAAAAUUGUCAUCCCGCAGUGAUAACCAACAAUAAUAAUAAUAAAAGUUUCGUUUUAUUGGAUGAGGAUAGCGAGAUAAAUAACUUGGAUCACAUAAUAAGAGCGGGUAUAUUCGUGGGCAAGAAUCAAUUUUCUAAAAAUAUGGUUCGAAAGACAAACAACUAUUGUAACUUGGGGUCUGAUAAUAUGGCGAUGUCAUCUAAUAGAUAUUCGCCCUCAUCCACUAGAGUCGUCAAUAAAGUUGCCAGUGACCUAUUCGCUGACCAUAUGGCCUCAAGCACGAGUGGCAUGUUGAAAUCCGAUCAGAAAGAAAAAUUUUCUAGUUGUCAUGAUUUAAGGAUAGCUGCAGAGUCUCCCAAUUGGUAUUUUCCGAACUUGUCGCGAGAUGGUUCUGAAGCGAUUCUAACCUUGGGAAAAGAAUAUGGAAAUGUUUUGAUGAGAAAAAGCACUAGUUAUGAUGGAAACUAUGUUGUUUCGGCACGUUACGAUUGUAAAGGGGUGACAGAAAUCAGGCAUUAUGAAGUAACGAGCUUUUCCUUUGACUCCGGCGAGAAGAAAUAUUUACUUAGGGUCAUAGGCCAACAUCCAAUGUUAGAUUCCUUAGAGUCGGUGCUGGAAUACUUCUUAGGCAUAAAUCCGGGUAUGAGGCCUUUGUGUCAAGAUAAAAUGAAACAUAUUUCAUGGCGGGAAUUGUUAGACUUGACAUCAACAAAUAACCCAAGGGAAAAAAAAUCUGAAGUAAAGAAUACAUUUUCGAAAAAAAUUGAAGAAGGAAAAAUAAAUGAUUAUAGAAGAUUUGGCGGUACAUUCGAAGGCCUAAUUGAACAUAAAACCUUAAAUUAUCUAAGCAAAGGAUAUUCCCAAAACAUCCAAAAUAAGAUGAUGUCGCCUAAUAAAUACAAUAUAAACGAAAUUAUGUCACCCAACAAAUUGGAUAAUUUAGAAAACGAUGUUGGCGAUGAUCUAAAUGUAAAUAUGUGUCUUAAUCUCGAGCAUUUGGACAAAAAACAUAGGCAAAAUGGGAUUAACGAUCAAAUUAGUAAUGUUAGAAUGCAAAGCAAUCUUAAAUUGAGUUGUGCUGAUUCCCAAGAGGAAAUACCAAAUAUUUUAGAAAAGGAAGAAAUUGGUUCUGCUACAAUAAUUACUCCUAACCUAUUGAAACCUAGUAUGUUCAAAGGCGAAAAAUGUUCUUUGAAUUCCAUAAUCAAGAAAAAGGCUAUUGAUAUUAAUAGUGUCUACAAUUUUAAUUUUCAUAAUUCUAACCUGACAUCUCAGUCAGACACAUUGAAGGAAGAGAUAGAAACCAUACCUCUUUCCAUAAAUACGAAAUUUAGAAUGGAUUCUCCAAAAAUAACCAAGUUAGAAAACAACUCAGUUAUGGCAACCAGACUCAUCUCGCCAUCUCAACAUUCUCCAAACGUUCGUUUCCCAUCUAAAGAUGUUAAGUCAAACACAUCUACCCAACUAGAAGUUUCCAGAGUUUUUCUUAGCCCCUCACAAAAAUUUAACUUUUCAAUGAGUGAUAACAACAAUUGUAAAACUGAUGCUAAUAAUAGCAGUCCGACGUAUAAUAAUAACCUAAACAUUCGGAGAUACCAAAAGCGAAUAGACCAUGAGUCCAUGCCAAAAUUAUGUUCUCUCAAGGCCAACAUCAACACCGAAUAUAAAGAAAAAAACCAUUUAGUUUUUAAUGGCAAUGUUAAUAAUAGCGCGAUAAGUGAUAUAAUCAAUGGUAUUAAAAAUAACCCCGUCAAUAAAAAUGAAAAUGUUGAUGCUCCUAUACUGAAUAGUGGCAAUAGUAUUAAACAUAAAGUAAAUACAACUGUAGUAACUAAUCAAGCUAGAAACUCAGAUUACGAAGAUCAAUUACCUUUGCUACUUAAACACAAGAAAGAACAGUUGAGGAAAGUCGAUUGCAACAAUAAGAUAAGUAUAUACGCUACUGAAAAUAAACAAAAACUUAAAGAAGAUAUUCCAGUGAUUGGACCCAUCUCUCCAACCAUAUCAAUCACAAGUGAUAUCAACGAUAGCAAUAUAAAUUCUGUCAGAUCGAGUCCCUCUUUGAAUACUUCUCAAGCGAAAAUAAUGCAACAAUCUUUAAUGAACGAACUGGUUUCGAUAAUGAAGAAUAAAACGAGUGGUGAUAUGGGGAAAUUAUCCAACAAUUUAGUGGCUUCUCCCUCUUUUACUCAAAUUAAUAUAGCUUGUUCUUUGGAUGAUCCGAAUCAAAAGUUAAAGAAAAUAACAACCAACCUUAAAAACAGCAGUAACAAUCACUUGAUUAUAGUUAAGGAUGUCUCUAAUCAAAACCAAGUCGAUGAUAAUUAUUGUGUUGAAAUGGAAAAAAUGUAAUUUUGAAUGAAGAAACUAAUAAAAAGAUUAAUUUGCUAUCAUAUAGUUUUGAUCUUAUCAUAAAUUGUAACUUGUGUGAUUUAAAAUUGAAUAUACUAUUUUUGAGCAAUUUAUUUUUUGUUAACAGAGUAUAUUUAUUAUAUGUAACUUGCCAAUAUUAAAUAAUUAUAUAUUAUAAGAUUUUAAUUAUAUAAAGUUAUAAACAUUUUAUUGAUUUAUAUUUAAAAUGCAAAAUGGUGUGGAAUUGAUUUUUAUAUGUUUAUUGGAAUUUUAUGAUUUCGAAGGGUCGAUUAAGAUCAUUUGCCAAUCUGGAAGUAAAGGUAUGAACCCUUCAAUUUAUUGUGUCGAAUUUCAACCUGAUUAUAUUAUAUUAAGCCUAGUAUUACUAUCAUCGUGACACUUUUCAGUAACAAAAAUAUUAUAUAACUCGUAUUUACAUAAACUUAUAUUUUUUUAAACAUUAAAUAA